CAAUUGUAGUAUUUCUGUUGAUUUCAUUCCCUGUCCUGGCAGCAGACGAACACGACCGGAGCACAUUUUCCCCAAUCUCAAAGAGUAAUUAAAAUAAAAAGCAUACAGUGACUUAUUUUAUGAGUUAGGCGUAAACUCCAUGAAAUAUUAGCUAAUUUGUCAGCACGCUGCGCCCUGCGGAGAAUUUAGCUCGAAUAUCCUUGUGCAGUGUGUACAACUAGCUAGCCACUACACUGGUACUGGAUACGGAGAGUGCUUGGACUUCUUUCAUAAUUUCUGUCUUAAAAUCUCAACCCUCAAAGAUCGAAGAACCAUACAGCGGCAGCCUGCAGUCCCAGCCAGCAGAGAUCUGGGGAAAUCAUUAACCAGACGCUGAGAACAGGACACUAGUACAGUGCAUUUGCAAUCUGUCUACACCGCUGAGCACUGGGGAUCAAGGGUCGCAUGUCCAGCUGUCGCAUGUCACCGGAAAAGGUUCGCCGUGGAGACCUCGACCGCUGCAACCUUGUGAUGGCUGACUGAACCAUCACAAACCUGCGAAUGCCAAGUGUGCAUCCGAGGGUGGGGCCCGCCUCAGUCUCGCAUGAUUGGCCGCUGAAUGGAAUUGAGGUGAAUGGAACACAUGCCCAACGACCCUAACCUAUCAGAGGGAGAAGAGAAACGGUGGCUCGAUGGCCCGAAGAGGAAGAGAAAGAACAGCCAAUGUUCGGUGAAGAGCAUGUCUGUUCUGAGCCUCUCUGUUCCAGGGUACAUCCCCAGCUACCUGGAGAAGGAUGAGCCCUGCGUCGUGUGCGGAGACAAGGCCACCGGCUAUCACUACCGCUGCAUCACCUGCGAGGGAUGCAAGGGGUUCUUCCGACGCACCAUCCAGAAGAACCUGCACCCGUCCUAUUCCUGCAAGUACGAUGGGUGCUGCAUCAUCGACAAGAUUACCCGCAACCAGUGCCAACUGUGCCGCUUUAAAAAGUGCAUCUCCGUGGGCAUGGCCAUGGACCUGGUGCUGGAUGACUCGAAGCGGGUGGCCAAGCGGCGCCUGAUCGAGGAGAACCGCGAGCGCCGGAAGAAGGAGGAGAUGGUGAAGACCCUGCAGAACCGGCCGGAGCCCAGCAGUUCGGAGUGGGAGCUGAUCCGCAUGGUGACGGAGGCGCACCGCCACACCAACGCCCAGGGCUCCCACUGGAAACAGAAGCGCAAGUUCCUGCCAGAGGACAUUGGGCAGUCCCCAGUGGCGCCCACAUCAGAUGGGGACAAGGUGGACCUGGAAGCCUUCAGCGAGUUCACCAAGAUCAUCACCCCAGCCAUCACCCGCGUCGUCGACUUUGCCAAAAAACUGCCCAUGUUCUCCGAGCUGCCUUGUGAAGACCAGAUCAUCCUCCUGAAAGGCUGUUGCAUGGAGAUCAUGUCCCUGCGGGCGGCCGUGCGCUACGACCCCGACAGCGAGACGCUCACCCUGAGCGGUGAGAUGGCCGUCAAGCGCGAGCAGCUGAAGAACGGUGGCCUUGGGGUGGUGUCCGACGCCAUCUUUGACCUGGGCAAGAGCCUGGCGCAGUUCAACCUAGACGACACAGAGGUAGCGCUGCUACAGGCCGUGCUCCUCAUGAGCUCAGAUCGCUCCGGCCUCACGUGUGUGGAGAAGAUCGAGAAGUGCCAGGAGACAUACCUGCUGGCGUUCGAACACUACAUCAACUACCGCAAGCACAACAUUCCUCACUUCUGGCCCAAGCUGCUGAUGAAGGUGACAGACCUGCGCAUGAUCGGGGCGUGCCACGCCAGCCGGUUCCUGCACAUGAAGGUGGAGUGCCCCACCGAACUCUUCCCCCCGCUCUUCCUGGAGGUCUUCGAAGACCAGGAGGUGUGAAGCAGACCGAGGGGGGGGGGGGGGGGGGGGGGCAGGAGCAAAGCAGAGGACUCGCCCCCCCCGAACGUCGGACGUCAAAUACACCACCAGCAGCAGUUUUCACGAAAAAAGAGUUUUUCUUCUUUUUUUCCCUGCUCCCCUGUCUUUUGAAUCAGCCGGACGGCCCUUCUGUCUCAGAGUUUGAACUUGGCGCGGACGCGAGAGAGCGCGCCCCUUUCCGACCUGCGGACGAAACAUGCUCACACGGGUUUGCUUGAACGCCUGCCCCGGUUUGGCUCUUUUCUCACAACAAUCUUCGCUUUGUCCCCGCAUGUGUCCUCACUGCCGUGAGAUGGCGGUAUUUGUAGCUUUGCACCUGUUUCCCAGGUGGUGCCGGCACGUUCCAAACUGGCCGCCUUCCAGUUUUAAAUCUCAGUGUUAAUGUAUGACAUUAAUGCUGUGAAACAGAGGUCCCCACAAAAACACACGUGCUUGCACACAAGCCUUUGUUGUAUCAGACUCUGUUGUCUGGACAGUAACCGAAAGCACUUAACUACAAAAGUUUCUGGACUCAGGAGAUGGUGUAGCAAGGCUUGCUAAUUUAGAUAAUUUUCUCCAUUAAAAUUAGGCUAUCUCGGUUUUGCAGCAAGUCUGUGACUAUGUUUGAAAGAAGAGCUCUAUAAAGCAUUCAGGACAGUUUUUAAUUAGGUCACCCGCAGCCCCAUUUGGCUAUGGGAACAGCUGUACCCUAGUCCUCUGACUGGGCCAGCUGUUGAUGAUUUGCCCACUACGUUGUGUGAGCGGGACCACAUCAUUGGCCCGGACGUUUUUCCACCCCCCUCCCCCCUCCCCAUCACACUCUCGCUGUGCAGAGCUGCCUCAUCAUUGCCUGCACUGCAACCGCCAGCAACGGCGCCCCUCCAGAAUGACAAUUGAGCCCUUCCUCUCACGGGAAAGUCACUGCUGCGAAAGGGAAUGGGUAGUGGCAGGGUGAGAGCUCAGAGAGAGGGACUCGGCAAAAAGAGAGGAAGAGAGAGAGAAACCCGAGAGCCUGAGACAGCGGGUCGGUAGCGACAUGCGCUUUCUGGAGUGCCUUUGCACAGCAGUCUGCCAGCGCUUAGUUCCCUGUGUACCCCUACCCCCCCCCCCCCCCCCCCCCACCCACCUCUCGACCUCCUCCGACAAGCAUCGGAACAGCACUGAGAACACCAUCUCACGCGGGGAGGGCCUUUGGCCCACAACCUACAAAGCACCUACCUUCAGCCGUUACACUGUGUUCUUGUCUCUUGGUUUUUGUUCUCAACAGGGUGGAGGGGGCCGUGUCGUCCACGUUUACAGUGCAUUCCACACCUCCCCACCCCCCUACACACUCAGACACCUCAGAACGUCGAAUACCGUGCUUACUUUUUGUGCGGCGCGGCGUCAGAGCACGUAGCCUCAAGGGGAGGGAGUCGUCCAGGGCUCCCCCCCCACCAAAUGGUCAGUUCAGUUCAGACCCUCCUACUCAGCAAAGACCCUGCUUCGGAGCAGACGAGACUCCGGGGAGACAGGGGAGGUGGGGCGUGCGUCCCAGCCCCCUAUCCUUAACCCCUCCGCUCUGAUUCGGCGAGGGCUGUCGCAGUGGCCGUCAUUUACCUCGGUGUGGGCGCCUCAGGCUGUGGUUGUUGGGGACUGCCCCUGUACUGACAGGCUCUACCUCACCUCUGGUCACAGGGCAGCUGUCCACAGCCCACCACCCACACACACUCACUCGUACAGUAUAGACACUCAGUGCAGUUCACACAGACUCCCGGUCCGUCACGCAGUCCGGUCGUAAUACCACUGAAGACAGGAGGGCCCACCGUUCACUGUUGUGAUCUUGUGUUUUUGUCUUUUUUUAUCAGAACUGUUUUUUGGGUUUUUUUGGGGGGGAAGGAAGGGCAUGACUAGAUGGGGCCGGACAAUAACUUUGUUUGGGCUUGGAUUUUUGUUUUAAUGUGGGACCAAGUGUCACAUUGGAAUCCCCUUCUGCCAAGACAGAAGAAAAGGAAUAAAAAAGUGAAUGCACGUCUGCAGACUGUGAGAACAGUGAGACGAGAUACUGAGACCUGGAGGUGGCCAGGCCUUGCCCAGCGGGGUUUAAGCACUGUUUUUGAGGAAAAAACGUAAAAGACAACCUCAUUUUGAAUGCCAAGCAGUCAUUGGUUGAAAGAAGCGAUUGGAGGGAUGCAUUUUCAGCGAAUGGGAAAGCGGGCGGGGAAUUAGCCUAGGAGAUGCUGCGGGGGUGAGGGCAUCGCGCCGUCCGCAAAAGGCCAAGCUACACUGCCAUGUGAACCAUCUGAAGAUAGUUAGCUCUUGUAAUGCAAAUGAGAAAUUGACAAAUAUACACUUACUGUUAUACCUUCUGAUUGGAGAACCCCCCCGGUCCGAGCUGUCUCCCCUCCCACUGCGUAAGGCCUCCCAGGAUGCCCCAGUCUGCUGUUUAAAGCCCCACCCCUCCCCCAGGAGUAAACUUCCACAUGUCCAGUCAUCCAUGCCAUUGGCAUUUUUUGCACUAAAGCAGCAGACCCUCCCCAUUCUUACCCAGUCCCAUGGCAUGCACUCACUCUAAAGACUCCUGAUCUGCUCUGUCAAACAGAGUCUGCCCAGGAGUGAUAAAGUCCAACUGUCACAUUGUCAGUAUUAAAGAAAGGAGCAUAUGACAGUGAUAGUCCUUUAGUUGAAGGAAAAUGGUGGACCUGGCUGGGGGGAUCGCGUAAGGGGGACUCGUACCCCUCCGCAAGCUCUGUCCUCUACGCCCCUUUUCCUUUCAGCACUGUGUAUCAACCCUGCUGCGUUUCCCCCCAGGCCCCCAACCCACCACCUCCCUUUUUGGGGUGACACCGAAUGGCGGCUGGCCGUUCCCUUGUGAGACAAGGCCGGACGUCUGAGAGCCACUGAAUGAAUGUGAACAGGAUGCAGAGGCAGCAGCGGGAGUUGGGGGGCGGGGGGCGAGGCAGAUAAGCCACUCCCCCUGCCUACGACAUAAGAAGAGGGAGACAAAGGGAAAGGACAUGGACCCAUGAGGCAUGUUUUGCUAACUUGGGCGAGCGAGAUAGGAAGACAGGAGCGGAGAGCAAGAUGAGAAGAACCGUGAAUGAAUCUGCCUUUUUUUUAUUGGAGCAAACGCACGCUGGUGAGCAAAGUGAACACGGCAGACCAGCACAGCAGAGGCUCACUCUCUCAAACGUGAACACAUGGAGACAUUGAGUGGCACCUCCUUGCUCCCGCCCCCUUUUUCUCUGCUCGGCAGCCAUUCUUUCUGGAAUAUAAAUAUGCCGCCAUCCCCCUCGACUCCGUAGUCUUUCUCUAGAGGGAAAUAAAGUUUCGACUCUAAUUGAGGAAAAAAAGAAUUGGCAUUCCACUGAUGCGGGUACGGAAUAACACCUUCCUAUGGAGAAUGAAACAACGACCAUAUAAACAAAGGAAAAACAAAAUUUUAAAACACAACAAAGCAAAAGUUAUCACAUUGGCUUUGUCCUGCCUUCUUGUGAGCGGACUGGGUGUUUGUGUGUGACACUAGGGGUUACAAUGCUGCUUUACCUUCUAAGUCAAAUCUUAUUUUAUUUGAAAAAAAAAUAUUAUAAAGAAAGAAUUAAACACCUUAAAACAUCAUUUAAAAAAAGAUGACUUUAAAGACUCCAGAACAAAAUUGAGCUUGGAGAGCUGUUUUUAUUUUUAUUUUUUUUUCAUUUUAUCUCAAUGUGGUUUUUUUCCGUUGACGCUUAACUGCUCUGUGUUAAAAAAGAAACAAAAGAAAACAAAAAAAACCAGCCGUAGUCACUUUUUGACCAUGCGUGCAGUGUAAUCUAGACAGGAAUUUCACUUCUUCACCUCACCUCUAGUUUGUAUUGAUAAGCCAACUGCUCUGUUGUUUGUGUGUCUGUCCUAUCGUCCGUCCCUUAUAUCAGGAGGAAUUUGCAACAAACAGGAAUAUUUUCUCUUUUUUCCAUUUUGUUAAUUUUUUUUUUUUUAAAGACUGCAAAAAACAAACAAUAAUGCAACGGAAACUGAAAAUACAAAAAAAAAUAAAAUAAACCUGACUGAGACACAAAUCCGCUCAUACCUCACACAACAGAAAACUCAAAUGGACUUUGGAAGAGUGGUGAAAUGCAGGCACGUGUGUGUGUGCGUACAAGCAUGUAUAGAAAUAUACAUUGAGGUAUACAUGCACAUACUCACGUAUGCAUUUAAGGCGAUAACAUAAUAAUCCUCUAAGCUUUGGGGUUGAUAAAUUGCAGUGCUUUCAUCAUCUUGGAGGAUUGCGUACAUACGCUGACAAACGGUGUCAUGACUGAGAAGCAGAUUCACUCAAGUUUAUUGUAAUGACUUUGGUUUCAUCAAGAUGUCAGGGCUUCAGUGAAAUCAAAGAGUGUGCCUCAAAGCUUAAGGAGAUUAUUUCUGUGAUGGCCAGGUGCUUCAUGGUAUUGAAUGUAGCUGACAGUACUGGGCUGGAGACAAGCUCGGCUCCCACAGCCUCACUUGGGGUCACCAGCAGAGUGCAGUGGACAGUGGUUGAAAACCAACGUUACACAUGACAAACUGAGAAUAUUGCCCCCUACAAGGUGCAAUACUUUGUUCUUGUUUUUACUUCUUUGUGUUAUUCUGUUUGAUUUUUUUUUUUUUUCAUUUUGUUUUAUUUUGGC